CUGACCCUAAACAAAAUUAUUUGGGUAAAAAAACCAAAAUUUAGUUGUCCAGAGCACUUCCCAUAACCCAAAAAUGGAUCCUUUGCCAACUGCCAGCCUUUGAAACCCUUUUGAUUUGGAGCCCUUGGAAGCUGACCCUCACACCAACCCUUCCCAAAAACCAGCAAAAACCUGCAAACAAGAGAAGAAUCAAGAAAUGGCUACAUUUUCCAUUAACAGCUACACUUUCUCUUUUAAUCUCCCAAUCUUCAUCUUUCUAUUCCUUGCAGCAAAACCCAUUUCCUUAUUUGCCCAACAAGCCCUUGAUAACAACCCAAGCUUUAGUCCCCACAUUUUCCUCUUUGGUGAUGCCAGGGUUGAAGAUGGAGGCUCCCAUGUUCGGCUCACGUGGCCUCACGCGCCAAGUUCUGGACUUUUGUUGCUGGACAAGCCCUUCAAGUUCGCCGAUGAAAGGAAUGUGGGUAGGCCGACGUCGUUUGCAGCUGAGUUUUCCUUUUCUUUGUCUCCUGGUAAGGGUGAUGGUUUAGCUUUUGUUAUUAUUCCUAAUGGUUUUCAGACAAGGUUUCAGGAUCAAGGGUAUUUUGGCCUUUUUGGUGAAAAUAGGUUCCUGGGUAUUGAAUUUGAUACAAAGAAAGAUGAUAAAGUUGGUGACUUGAAUGCAAAUCAUGUAGGAAUUGAUGUUGGAAGUCUUGAAUCUGUUAAAGUUAGCAAUUUGUCAUCUCUGAAUUUGGUGUUAAACAAUGGGGAGAUAUUGAAAUCCUGGGUUGAUUAUGAUUCAAGCUCCAAACUUUUACAAGUUAGAUUGAGUAAAUUGAAUGACAAGAGGCCUUUCACUCCAAUUCUAGCAUACCGUAUUGAUUUGUUUGAAAUGUGGGGUAAUGAGGAUGUUUUUGUUGGUAUAAUAUCAACAACCAAUGAGGAAUCUUCACCGAGUAGUAGCAAUGUUUAUUCAUGGAGAUUUAGGGUGAGGGAUGUUUCUAGUUGGAUGCAUUCAUUGCCUGCGGAUCCACGAGGUUAUGUGGAUAAGGAUAGUCAGGAAUUUAGAGCUGAAAGGAGUAAUUUUUGUGCUUUGACAAUUUUAGCUGGAUUAAUUUUUGCUACCGGAUGUGGAGCCUUGUUGGCUUUUGUGAUGCUGUUUAUGUGGGCAAUUUUGGUUAAUAGGCACACAGUAUUCCCGGUCGAGUGUCAAGCAGGUCCUGAAGAUUUCAGGUAUGAGAAGGUCAACGUGAUUGUAGAGAAGGAUGAUCAAGGUGAUAAGGAUUAGAAGAUGAAGCUUAUUAUGUUAGGAUGUGAAUUUUCUGUUGUUGUUGUUGUUACUAACUUAUAUGUGACAAACAUUGUAUUUUGUUUUGGUGCAUUGUUGUAUGUAGCUGUAAUGCAAUGUAGUCCUGUUUUCACUGUAGCACAUUCUGAUGUAUGAAAACCAUUUUAAAACA